GCAGACAGCGGGACUUGACCCAGCCCUUCGUCUGCAGUGGAGCGCUUGUCGGUGCCACGGGUAAAAUUUCGAUACCGAAAGUGUCUCACGGGCACGUACGCCGCUGAAAUGGCUGCCGCGGCUACAGAAGAAGCGACCGCGCUGAGCGUUGAGAACGACGCGCCGCCCGUAGAGACAAACGAGGGGAAAGACGAGGGCCGCACCGAACCGGAAACGGUGGAACCGGGCGGUAGCGUAGAGCCGAAGGUGGAAGCGGUGGACGCGGAGGCCGGCGAAGAGAAGAAGCCCGCUGGUGCGGCAGACAAGGCCUCGAGCGAGGCGGUGACAGACGACGGCGCUGUGACGCUGAACCAGGAGGCGACCGCCGCUCCCGAAGAACCGGAGCGAAAGAUGGAGAUAUUACAGGAAAUGCCGGGAGAAGGAAACAACGGACCUGCCGUCGAUAACGCAUUGAAAGAAGCGAAGGAGGAACCGGGAGAGGGUAGCCGGUGCUCGGGGAUAAACUGCGAAAAGAGCAAAACAGUUAGUGAAGAUGCUGAGAAAGCCAGCGGCGGGGGCGGGGAGCUGGGCGACAAGAGGCGGCCGAGCGUGGAGAUCUCCUCCUCGGAUGGUGAGCCGCUGAGCCGCAUGGACUCGGAGGACAGUAUCAGCAGCACCCUGAUGGAGAUGGAGAGCACGGUGUCGAGUGGGCGCUCCACCCCCGCUAUGAUGAACGGACAGAGCAGUGUCAGCUCCUCCGGGGCGAAGACGGUGGCUUACUCCUGCUGCUGGGACCUCUGUCCGCAGUGCUUCAACUCCAGUCCUGAUCUGGCCGAGCACAUCAGAGGCAUCCACGUGGAUGGACAGAGAGGAGGGGUGUUUGUGUGUUUAUGGAAGGGAUGUAAAGUGUACAACACGCCGUCCACCAGUCAGAGUUGGCUCCAGAGACACAUGCUGACCCACAGUGGAGACAAGCCCUUCAAGUGUGUCGUUGGUGGCUGCAACGCCAGCUUUGCUUCCCAAGGAGGGUUGGCUCGCCAUGUGCCGAGUCACUUCAGCCAGCAGAGCUCCUCCAAAAUGUCCAGCCAGGCCAAACUCAAGGAAGAGUCGCCCUCCAAGGCCGGACUCAACAAGAGGAAGAAACUCAAGAACAAACGCAGGUGCUCCCUACCGAGGCCCCACGACUUCUUUGACGCCCAAACCAUGGACGCUAUUCGCCACAGGGCCAUCUGCCUUAACCUGGCCACCCACAUCGAAAGUGUGGGCAACGGCCACAGUGUGGUGUUCAACAGCACGGUGGUGGCCAAAAGGAAAGAGGGGUCCGGCAAGGUGAAGGUCCUCCUACAUUGGACACCUGAGGACAUACUACCUGACGUGUGGGUGAAUGAAACGGAGCGAUCUCAGCUGAAGUCUAAAGUGGUGCACUUAUCCCAGUUACCACAGGACGCUGCCGUGCUGCUCGACCCAAACAUCUACAGAGCACUUCCUCAAAAGCGGCUGAAGCGCAGCCUGUAGGGAGUCAUCUGUGGACUUGAUACUUAAGGGGAAACGCUUGUUCGUAGGAGGUUUAUCUGUAUGGGAUGGGACGCUCUUC